UGCCAGCACCCCGCAGAGAUCCUAUCCUUCCUCCAUUAUCCCUCCUCUCUGCUUCAUCUUACUGGUUUUUAAAAAAAAUCUGCCAAGAUGUCGGAGAAGAAGCUGUCCUCGAGUCGGAAGCAUCAUCUCAAGAGUUUGAUGCUCGCCAUCGCUAAAGGUUUACUAGAACAAGAAGAAAAAGAUCGAGAAGUGGAGAAGAAGAGAUACAUGGCAGAGACCUGCCAAGCUCUGUCUCUACCUGGAUCUAUGCAGGCAUUACAGGAACUAUGCAGGGAACUUCAUCAUAAGAUCGAUGUCAUCGAUGAGGAGCGGUACGAUCUGGAAUUGAAAGUGAACAAAAGUGCAAAAGAGAUCGAGGACUUGAACAUCAAGGUGAUCGACCUGAAGGGCAAGUUCAAGAAACCCGUGCUGAGGAAAGUGCGUAUGUCUGCUGACCAGAUGCUUCAGGCUCUUCUUGGGUCCAAGCACAAGGUCUCUCUGGAUCUCAGAGCCAACCUGAAACAAGUCAAGAAGGAGGUCAAAGAGGAGGAUAAAGAACUGCGUGAUGUUGGUGACUGGCGUAAGAACAUCGAGGAUAAGGCUGGCAUGGAUGGCAGGAAGAAGAUGUUUGAAUCCGAGGCAUAAAUUCUGUUCAAUUUAGUUGUGCGUUCAAGUAUAACUGGCAUAAAACGUAGAUGUUUACGUGCCAGAAAAAUCUAAUAUUGAAGGCCCUUCAUUCACUUUUUGGUUCUGGGAAUAAAUGUUAUAAAUCUGAUUGCUCAGUUGCAUGUUAAGUAUUCAGAAACAAGCAUUCUCUAUCCAUGUACUACUUGUCUUACACAAAUAACAAUAAAAACAUUUAAGUAUAAUGU